GAAUACCCGUUUUAGUCCGUAACGGAAUUUUCAAACAAAUUUUAAGCUAAAAUCUUGAUUUUGUAAAUUCUAUAACUUUUUAAAUUAUGACAUAAUUUUAAAAACUCGAAAACAUGUCUGCUCACAAUGACUUCCCCAUUUUACUUGAGAAUUUUCUUGGAUAGUUUGACAAGUUAUUAUAAGUGGGUUGAAAUUUUAUCCCACUCCUACACCUAAAAUAAAGUGGUAGUAAACGUAAGAACAUAACUCCUCAGUUACCAAGAUCGUUGUGAACCACUCCCUUAAUCGGAAAUGGAUUACAAAUUUUAACGAUUUUUUUUCGACAAUGUCGUUAAACUCAUAACGACAACAUUUUCCGACGCCUUGACGACAAAUGAUGAGCAUACGUCGUUAUCAAGAUUAUUUGACACUUUAUCAAUCUAUAAGGGUAACUAGGCACUAAAUGUCAAGCAAUCGUGCGUCGUUAUAAUUUGUCGUUAUUAAGGCGUCGUUAAUUUACGACGUCGUUUUGGACGAACCAAUACACCUCCAUGCUGGGAAUGGGGGUGUUUCACACUGGGAUUGAACUUUACGAUACCGAAUUUGCAUAUGGCGGACAUCCUUACGAGUUCUCUGGAAUUUUUGAAAUCACACCAAAAGACGCAGAAGAUUUAGGCGAUCAUUACAAAUACAAAGAAACCAUUGUUUUGGGCUAUACAAGUUUCACAAAGGAGGAAGUACAACAAGCUGUGACACAUUUGGGAAGAGAUUUUAAAGGAACCAAUUACCACUUGAUGAACAAAAACUGCAACCAUUUCUCUGGAGAAUUGUGUCAACUCCUUUGUGGCCAAGAACUUCCCAACUGGGUUAAUCGUCUCGCCUAUGUCUCCACAUGCAUUCCAUUCUUGGAGAAAUGCAUCCCGAAAGAUUGGUUGACACCUUGUGCCCUUGAUGAAUCCGUGAAACUCGCAACUUCUGCAUCAGGAGGAAAUAAUCCAGGUCAAGGGUCAUCCAAUCCUUCCAGCUCUAGAAACAGUCUUGUCGGUGGUGCUGGUGCCACUUCGUCUGGUGGUGGUAUGACAUUCUGGGAAAUGAUUCGAAGCGGAAACGGAAACGGAAACAACGCUACGGGUUCAGCUUCUGGAUCAACCUCACCUCCACCUUGUUCCAGUGGGGGAGGAAUCGUGGCCAGUUUUCUAAAUUCUUGUAACGGGGGUACAAGAAAAUCUUCCACAUCUUCAGAAUCCAGCCUUCCACCUCCAAUCACACAGUCGUCACAAUCUCUAACCCGGACGGAUAGUUUAACCUCAACAGAUUCAAAGACGGGAUUACUACAAAGAUCUUCAAAGUCUUCUUUUUAAAAUUGUUCACAGAGAAAGAAUUGUCGUCUCUCUAAACUUCAAAUUUUCAUCAUCAAAAAUUAAAUCAAUCAUCAGCCUAUACAAAAACCAACUCGAAAGUAUACUUCCAAAGUUUCACUACCAAAUCCUACAUGUGUAAAGUAAUUUAAAAUCCAUGUCAAAUAUCUCACCUAAUGUUAUUUACAAGGGAUUGAUAAAAUCUAUUCAAUGUCCGUGAGUGAUUCAAAACAGUCAGAUGAAAAUGAGUGAUUUUAUAUUAUGUUUAAUGUCGUUCUACAUAUUUACCAUAAAUUAUAGUAAAUUAUUAUUGCGUCGAGUUCUGUUAUUAAUAAUUAUCUUUUUGCACUAACUAAAAAUGUUGUUUUUAGUUUCAUUAAUUUUAUAUAGAAAAUUCUUAUUUUUUCUGAAUAUAUAUUUAAUAUUUAAUUUCACUUCAGGUUCUUUUAUAUGCUAUGUUUGUCUAUUCGUUACAAAACGUGAUGCGUGAGAUUCAGCUAAAAUCCUUCAUUACAUUAACUAACUAAGUAUAUAAAAUUAUACAUGUGAAUUGCAGCCGUAUUUUUGCCAUCGGAUAAUUAUUAUGAUUUAUAAUUACUUAUUUUACUCUUGCCGUUAUUAUUCAAUGAACAUAAAACUAAAUAUAUAAUGUGAUGAUCAAA